AUUGUGACGCCGGUGAGCUAUUAUAUCCUCCUACGGUGUGUAGUGAAGCAUGUUCAGCUAUUCCUCGUCCUCCAGUGAUGAUACUACUUGUAAGAAACUCACUUUGUCGCCAUGGAGACAAGGAUUAGUGAUUUAUAAGUAGAUAAAACACUGCCGACUGCGGACGGACGCUAGCUGUGUUUCAGUGUUAAAACUUCACCUUUAUCUUUACUUUUUAGGCGUGCGUUCUCCCUUUUCUGUCUACACACGUUGUCUGCUUGUAAGUACUCUGAGUGCGCGCGCUGCCGAACCUGCUCCUCUGCUCGUAAAACCAGCAAUGUCCCGAUGUGACGGUGCGCCGUCAUGCCUGUAAACAAAAAAAUAUGGGGAACCGGUAUUUUUCAAAACAGAGUGUAGUACCGUUUUUGAUGCAUUAGUACCGCGAUACUAUACUAGUACCGGUAUACUGUACAACCCUAACAUGUUCAUUCAAUAUGAACAAGCCUGAAAUAGUUAGCCACACUUUUUUCCCUCUAGGCUUGUCAUAAUUAUGCGUGUGGCUUUUCAAAAAUAAAAUUGCUGAGUCACACCAACAUCAGCAUGACAAUCCAACAAACCGAGGCUUGUUAGUGCAAAUGUAGCAGUGAACAAUGGACACACCCUCCGACACGAUGGAAUAUAAGAACUACACUACCCAGCAUGCAACAGUAGUGACGAGCAUGCACGGUAGCCCUGGGACGUGUUGUAUGUUAGUUUAGUUUAUUAUUUAUUCAGUCAGUAGUCAACAAAAUAAACAAAUAAAUAUGUGGCAGUAAAGCGUUCUUGCUUUUUUAGUAGUUUUAUUAUUUACUCGCACUAGCGUCACACCAAACUAAGGCUACUGACCCAAGAUCAGUUUGACAAAGGCAAGAUACUUCGUUCCGAUUAAAAAAACGAUUUUCGUCUUACCUUUGGCGAAACACAUUUGACUCGACAUGGUUUUCCUGGAAAUAAGUAUUCGGUGGACAGGAGGUCUUCCUAAACUCAGCAGAUGAGGUUAUAAAUGUUAAAAACGUCGCGGUGUGAGAAAAUAUGGUAUUUAUAUCUUGCGCCUACUUCCGGGAAAAAGCAUCAGCCAAUGAACGCUGAAUGAGGAAGUGGGCGGGGCGGGGAUUAUGUUCCCGGUUUCCUGGGAAACAACUUGUUUGGUCUCUUUUUGGGGCAGCGACGUAACUAUUCAUCGUUUUUUCUCUUUUUCUCAACAAAUUAAUAACCCUGUUUGAAGUUUGUAAAAUGUCUAAUGUUCCCCCAUUUUUACUAACCAGAUAAUGGCGAGGAAAGUGCGUCGGCAAUUGCAGAAUUGAAAACUUGAAUACUGAUGUGGUAAAGGCGUUAAGGAAACUAAGUCCAUGGAUUUUACUGCUGAAUCCAGACAGGAGUCUCCUGGUGGCCCUGAAACAGCACGGGAGAGUGAGGUUCUGAGAGAAGAGGAUAUGAAACAUUACGAGACAAAGAAGAGGCUGAAAGAAAAGAUGGAGGAGAUUCGCCACGUCAUUCAAGAGAUGAUCCGGGAAAACGAGAGGGUUCCUGAAAUGGAGCGACUGGAACUCAAGGAAUUCAACGUGGAUGACGAAAAGCAGAGGAGACAUGACGCCAUGAUGGAGGAGGAAGUUGCUACGGUGAGAGAAAAAAUCCAGAUGGAGAUUUUGGAGAGAUGUUACCUACGGGAUCUCCUGAAGAGGGACUGCUGGGAUUCUCUCCAAGUCAAAGAAAGAGCUGUGAAGGCCUUUCACACAGAACACGAGGUGACGAACUACGCCCUCAAGGAACGACCCCAGAAGGAGCUGGACGAGCUGAAAAGGGUGGAGAACAUAAGGAAGAAGGAGCUGGCUGCACAGGAUGUGAACCAACAACCAAAGGUGGGAGCAGAUCAGCAGACACAGGAGGUGUUUGAGGCCCUGAGCGCGGUGGCCAGCAGCUACUCUGCCGAGCUGGAGCUGUCACAUCCUCAUCUCUACGACCAGUUCAGCCUGAGAAUCACCGAGCAGAAGAGGAACCAGAUUGUCCUGCUGCAGGACGUGAUCCACCGCAUCAAGGUGGCCCUCAACAGCAAGUUUGACGGCGUGUACAAGCAAAAAGUGCAGGAGAUCGCCCGCGUGAAAGAAAGGAACAAGCAAGUGAGAGAGCUGCUGGACGAGCUGGAAGUGGCCGAGGAGCUCUGGGAGCCCUCCCUCAACGACCGAGAGGUCCCCGAGAGGGUGUUCAUUGUGGACCACUCCGAGAUACGAGCAGAGAAGUACCUCACCCCCGAGCAGCAGGAGGAGGAGGAGCGCAAGAGACUGGAGGAGGAGAAGCGCUUGGCUGCCAAGAGUGACAACGUACGAGGAAGGGCACUUGACGACAUGAUGGAAGGCGUGCUGGAAGUGAAAAAAGACAGCAUUUUGAAAUCGGAAGUACCGCAGCCCGAGUUUGUUCUGGCCAAACCCGACAACCAGUGGACGGACGAGGAGAAAAAGCUCUUCAAAGAGUACGACAAGAAAGUCAAGGAGCUCGAUACAGAAAAGGACAAAUACAGAAAGUCGCUGGAAAACGAAAUCAAAAGCCUCCAAAAAGCCACCAAAGACGCCACCGAGCGCUUUGAUGACGGAUUGAAGAAGCUGUUUGAAAGAAAAAUCAAGUCGGACAUGGCAAUUUGUCAGGAAGAAUUGAAGAUUAAAAUUCUAAGUUACUCCAUACUCAUGGAAGAGGUCAUGGGCAUUGAGGAAAAGGAGCAUCAGUCCAAACUUGGCCAAAUGGAGGCCAACAUGAAGAAAAUGGGCGAAGAAUUGCAGAAGUUUCAAAAAGACGUGGAAUUUUCCCACGAGAGCUUUGACAACAUUGUAGCUGAGGACAAAGCUCUGGACAAAGAAUUCCGGAAGGAGUUCUCAAGUCUUCACAAGGCCAUGGUGGACCAGCUCUACAAACUGUUCAAAAGAAGACCCAGGUUGUUCUUCCAGCUUUAUUCACACCUGGCUUCCUGGAAGCAUUAUAUGGCCUCAAAAUAUUAUUUUUUUUCAUACUUUUCCCUGCCCAGAGGUCCAAAGAAGAACGCCAUGGAGGAGCUGGACGCACCUAAAAAUAUGCCGGAAGGCGUCAACGCCACCGUUUGGGAGAAGUUUUGUCAUGUCCGCAAAAACAAAAUAGACAGCGAGCAAAACAUUAAGAUGAAAGCGUCCCUCCUGGCGGAGAUGCAGGCCUCCUUGCACCAGAAGCAGGAGGAGAACCAGGUCGCCCAGCAGGACAUCCAACACUUCAAGGAGCAGUUGGAAAGUAUGCGUAAGGAGAAGCAGCACUUCCUGACGGACAUCAUGGUCCAGUUCCUACUGAAGCAAGGCCAGGUGGAGGUCAUCAACGCCGAUUUCAUCCCCGACUACAGCGACUCCGUUCUUCUCCACAGGACGGUUGUGGAAGACCUCAACCAGACCAUCAGGAACCUGGGCGAGCAGAAGAUAGCCAUGCUGAUGCAGACCAAAGACUUCCGUAAAGGCAUCAUCCAGGUGGAGUGGGACAACACCAUGAGGAGGAUGCAGAUAGAGGACCUCAAAAGCAAAGAACGGGACAUACAGAAACUGCGACUCACAGAGGACCAUAAGGAGUACCUGAAGUCAGACAGCGACAGCCGAGUGUGCAAGCAGGCUACGUCCAUGAAGGAAGCCUUGGCCAUGCAGCAGAAGACUUAUCUCAAGGACGUGAAGCAUCGCAAAGAAAAAAUCCGCAGUCUUCGCUCCAAGGCCGCCAUGAAGGAACAGAAGAACACCGCUCUGGACAAGCAGAUCCAGGACAUGCAUGUGACCGUGUCCCAGAUGAGACACAUCUACGAGGCCUCAGCAAUGGAAGAAAACGAGGCGGCCAACAUCGAGGAGCGCUACCAGGAGGUCCUGCUGCUGCGCAAGCUGAAGGACACGGCCAGGGUCCAGAUGGAGAAACUGGCCUUCCUCGGCGCCGAGGCCGAACGCUUGGGCAUGACGAACAUCCCCUCCCUGGUCCAGUCCAAGUACAAAUGAGCGGCUUUUCAACAAAUAAAGAGCUCAAUAUAUUACAAACAA